CAGUGGUUUUAAAACGCGACUGACGCGAAAAAGAUGUCGUUUUUCUUCACCUUUUACUGAAAGGAUCCCAAAGAGUGAACGAGUCAUGGGCGAAAGGAAUGCGCCAGUUGCGCUCCUCCAGGUGUUCCUCCUGGCGCUGUUUUGCGCGCAGUCGCUCGGACGGGUCUUCAACCUGACCCUGUCCGUGAAGGAGGGCCUGCCCGCUAAAACCAUCGUUGGAGAUCUGGGAGCGGUCCUGAGCGCGCCGAGCACCGGCUUCUUCAUCUCAGAGAGCAGAGACUCGUAUGUGUUCAGAGACCUGGAGAUAGACGCGGACACGGGCAUCAUCUCCACGGUGGCGGGCCUGGACAGGGAAAGCAGAGACCGGUACGAGUUCGUGGCAGCUACUCUCACAGGAGAGAUGAUACGGGUGAGGAUAGAGGUGGAGGACGUGAACGACCACUCACCUGUGUUUCCCAGAAAGGAAGUGGAGCUGGGAAUCUCAGAGCUGAGCCCACCAGGGAGUCGCUUUCCGCUUGAAGGCGCAGCAGACCGGGAUGAGGGGGAGUUCAGCACGCGGGGAUACAGGAUCAGAGAGAGUGAGAUGGAAGAAUUGUUCCAUUUGGAUUUUCGAAUCGGAUCUGAGAAGCAGCACAGCCUGGAUCUGGUCCUGAACAGCAGAGUUGACAGAGAAACACAGGACUACUACACUCUGACCAUUGAGGCCUUUGAUGGGGGGAUCCCAGCCAGAACUGGGACAGUCCAGGUUGACAUCCGCAUCCUGGAUGAGAAUGACAACCCUCCUGUGUUCAACCAGAGUGAAUACCACAGCUCAGUACGUGAGGAUGCUCCCAUCGGGUCCAUUGUCUCCCAGGUGCUGGCCAGCGACCGUGACCUGGGUGACAACAGCAGGAUCACUUAUGAGAUCAAUAGGCGGCAGAGUGACCAUAACCAUGUGUUCUCCAUUAACGAAACCACAGGAUUUAUUUAUUUGAACAAGCCGCUGGAUUUUGAAAUUCAACCGUUUCACGAGCUGAUUGUCAGAGCCAGAGACGACGGUGCUCAGCCUGAGUACAGCAGCACCUUUGUUGGUGUCAAGGUGCUUAACAUCAACGAUAACAGCCCCACCAUCAGUGUGCUGUUCCUCAGUGAGACAGGAGAAGCUGUGGUGUCAGAGGCAGCCGCCGUUGGAGAAUACGUGGCCCGGAUUUCUGUGUCAGAUCCAGACCUGGAGGAGCAUGGAAUCACUGUAUCUCUUGAGGGAGGAGAUGGGAAGUUUACCCUCAAGCAAACAGAUGAUUUUCUGUUUGCGUUGUGUGUCAACUCUGAGCUGGACAGGGAAGGAAAGGAUCUGUAUGAGCUGAAGGUGCAAGCAUCUGAUUCUGGAAGCCCUCCUCUGAGCAGUGAGACACUUCUCCUCCUGAAGGUGUCUGAUGCCAACGACUGCCAGCCGGUCUUUGAACAGGAAGUGUACACUGUCAACAUUGCUGAGGAUGCUCCUGAGGGGAGUUCCCUCAUACGAACAAGGGCCCGGGACGCUGACGAAGGCGUCAACUCAAACAUCAGAUACUCCAUCCUGAAGUCACACCAGGACGGCCUGGUUGCCAUUGACCUGACCUCUGGCCUGGUUACCACAGCCGCAGGCCUCGAUAGGGAGACUCAGAUGGAGGUGUGGUUCCUGGUGCUGGCAGAGGAUGGAGGGGAGCCAUGUUUGUCGUCUACAGCUACAGUCACAGUGCUGGUGGAGGAUGUGAAUGACAACGAGCCAGUGUUCCAGCAGCAGCUCUACAACGUGUCCAUACCUGAGCACAUGGACGCUGGAAGCUGCUUCUUACAAGAUAUCGAUCGGGACGACGGGACGAGUGUCCAUGACAUUUUAAUCAAAGCUGAAGAUCCAGGAGGCCUGAGUGCUCAAACAUAUGUUCACAUUGAGAUACAAGACUUAAAUGACAACCCUCCAGUGUUCAGCCCUGAGGAGUACACCGUGAGCGUCAGCAGCCACGCACCGCCUGGUACCGAGGUGGUCAACGUUAUCGCUACGGACCAGGACUCCGGCCGGUUCGGACAGGUUACCUACGAAAUUCAUCCAGGAGACAUGUCCAGUUUGUUUACACUGGAUAGACACACAGGAAUGCUCUUCUUGAACUCUUCUCUGACACACUUGGGUGCAGCCAGCAUGAAGAUCCUAAUAACAGCGCAGGAUGGAGACGGCUUGUCUUCAGCCAGACCCGCAGAGGUCACUAUCAACGUUGUCCAAAGUGCUGAGGCUCCCGCUGUGUUCCUGAGGUCGCGCUACACCUUCACAGUGCCUGAAGACGCACCGCUGGGAACAUCUGUGGGAACAGUGGAGGCCAGCAGCCUGAGCGAUGCUACAGAGCCCGUUUCUUACCGAAUCUCUUCUGGAAACCUUCACAGUUGGUUUUCUGUCCAUCCAAAGUCUGGUGUGAUCAAUACCAUCAAACCUCUGGACCAUGAGUCUCAGCCUUAUGCCCUGCUGUUCCUUCAGUCCUACACAGACACUUCUCCUAUUUACAGCACCACCCAGGUCAACAUCACCAUCACUGAUGUCAAUGACAAUGCCCCUGUGUUUCCCAAGAGGAGAGACACCAUCACUGUUUCUCGAAGCACUCGGCCUGGAACAGUGCUGUUCAUCGCUCACGCACAUGACCAUGACAGUGGUGCCAAUGGCAUAGUGCAGUAUCAUCUGAAAAGCAGCAGAAGUGAAGUGUUUGCCAUUGACUCAAACCUUGGAAUGGUUAGACUUAAUAAAAGCUUACAUGUGCUCCAACAUCAAAGAUACAACCUGGAAAUCUUGGCGAAAGACGAAGGAAAACCUUCCCUGAGCUCCACCCUGACCCUUUCGGUUAACAUUGACCACACAGCUGCAGAUGAUAGCCUGGCCUUUGAGACGCUGGUCUACCAGGUGGAGAUAGGGGAAGGCUACCGCAAAGACUCCCGCGUCAUCCAGGUGAGGGCGCACCGCACCCGAGGGUCUCACACUUCAAACUCAGGCCUCACUUACUGCUUGGAAGCCGAAACUGGAUUCCCUCUGCCUCCUUUUCGCAUCCACCCAAAGUCUGGAUGGUUGUAUCUCUCCAGGAAUCUUGACUUUGAGACCGAGUCAAGAUAUCGUUUUCAGGUGUUGUCCACCUCCGGAGAGGCUUCACUGGCCAAUGUCACAGCAACAGCAAUGGUGACUGUACUGGUGCUGGACGUCAAUGACAAUCCCCCAGUGUUCAGCAGUGAUGUGUACUACUUCACUGUAUCAGAGGGGUCAUCUCCACAAGGCCUGGUGGGAACAGUCAGAGCCAAAGAUAAGGAUUCUGGGAAGAACAGCCAGCUGUCCUACAUCCUCCUCUCAGAUGGGAAAUACUUCCGCAUCAAUGCUAAAACAGGUGAAAUCAUCAACUGGGUGGCGCUGGACCGGGAGCAACACAGCCAGCACAGCCUGACCGUUAUGGUGACAGACCAAGGUCACCCUCGUCUCAAUGCCACUGCCAAUGUUCAUGUCCUGGUUACUGACAUCAAUGACAACACUCCACAGUUUAAUCAUCUGCCUUCCAACAAAGAGCUGAAUGUUCCUAUAUGUGCAGGUGUACCUGUAGGAUUCUUGGUGACCAACAUGUUUGCCAAAGACUUGGAUGCUGGAGAGAAUGGAACCGUCACCCAUUCACUAGUAACAGUUGGAUCAGAGGAGAAUGGUCUCAAGCACUUUGAGAUUGACAGUAAAAAUGGAGACAUCAGAACCACGCAGCUCUUCAGUCAGAGAACGGAACCAUUUUACACUCUGAAGAUAACAGCCAGGGAUGGUGGAGCCCCAUCUCUGGAGGACACAGCAGUGGUUCACAUACAGGUUUAUGGGUUGGAGGAUGAGUACGGCAGCUCAGAUCACCAAGCAGUGAGGCAUUUCUCGGUUAGGGAGGACGCCGAGCCUGCAACGGUCUUCGGCUCUGUCAGCGUUUCGGAUAAAGACAGGUUUCAGUAUAGCAUCACCGAGGGAGACGGGAGCAUUUUCUUUGGAAUCGACGGCACGUCUGGCGACAUCUACGUCAACCAGCCGCUGGACUAUGAGUCUGCCAAGCAGUACUUCCUGGUGGCUCGAGUGGAAGACAUCGGUGCAUCUGUUGGCUUGAACAUUUCCAUUCUGGUGAGCGUCACGGUGGAGGAUGUGAACGACCACGCCCCCUGGUUCCCCGACAAACUGCUGAUGUUCGGUCUGAGGGAAGACGCCGCCGUUGGAUCGCUGGCCUUUGAUUUUCAUGCCAGAGAUGCAGAUGGGACUUUUGCAAACAGUGCCCUUCGCUACACUCUGACCUUUGACCCUGAAGUCAGUGGAUCACCCCCACACUUCCCCUUUCACAUGAACUCACACACAGGUGCAAUGACAGUUGCGGCACCGUUAGACCAUGAGAGCACGCCGACGUUUGUUUUCACUGUCGCUGCCACAGACCAGGCAGAGAGGAUGGACGAGCGUAAACAGACGUCAGUGACGGUCCGGCUCCUCCUGCUGGACGUGAACGAUAACCGGCCUGUGUUCGUGUCUGCUCACUCGGUGCAGCUGAUGGAGGACACGGAGGUGGGCAGUCUGCUGCACCAUUUUGUGGCAAUAGAUGGUGAUCAAGGGGAGAAUGGACUGAUCUCCUACUCCAUUAUAAAUGGAAACAAGAAGGGAUUCUUCUCACUGGAAGAGAAAACUGGCCUUCUGUUUCUCUCUGCCCCUUUGGACUAUGAGACCCAGCGUGUCCACCGUCUGACAGUCCGAGCAGCGGACCAGGGCGUCCCCUCUCUGUCCUCCACCCAGACCCUGACGGUGGAGGUGGGAGAUGUUAACGACCAACCCCCCAUCUUCAGUCAGACCACCUAUGUUACUAGUGUGGUGGAGAAUAAAGGCCCUGGAGAGCCACUGCUCAGAGUCUCUGCCUCUGAUAUGGAUUCAGAGGACAACGCCGUGGUGUGGUUCAGCCUGCUGCCGGGCCCCGGCUAUGAGCUGUUCAGCAUCAACCCGUACACUGGUCUGAUCACCACCACCACCCACCUGGACCGAGAGCAGGAACAACAUUUCACCCUCAGAGUCCAGGCUCGGGACAACGGUUUCCGUCCUCUGUCGGGGACAGCCACUGUCUUGUGCUCCAUCCUGGACGACAACGACAACCCUCCAGAGUUUAUGCAGCCACUGUUCCAGAUCAGCCUGCCAGAAAAUCUUUCUCCUGGAGUUAUACAUACAGCUCUUGCCUCUGACUCUGAUCUGGGAGAAAACGGCACCAUCCACUAUUCUAUACUAGGUGAGGACUACGGAGGCCGAUUCACAAUCAACAGUGAGACCGGAGCGGUCAGCACCAUGCAGGCUCUGGAUCGGGAGGAAAUUCAGAACUACACUCUCACCAUUCAGGCUCAGGAUUCGGGCCCCGCUCCUCUCAGCUCCACCACGCAGCUUCUCCUUCUCCUGCUGGACCAGAACGACAACGCCCCCUCCUUCAGUCCUGAGAGCUACCACGCCUCCGUCAGCGAAGGCUUACCGCCUGGGGCAGAGGUCUUGCAGCUGACCGCCUUUGAUCCCGACGAGGGACCCAACGGAGAAGUGACCUACACCCUGACAGACGACAACAGCCAGGGGACUUUUUCGGUGGACCCCUUCACCGGAGUGGUCCGCACCACCAGGUCUCUGGACAGAGAGAGCCGGGCUCUGUACACCCUGAAAGCCGUGGCCACAGACGGCUCGGCUCAGGGCCCACUGAGCUCUGUGGCUUCACUGACCAUUCUGGUGGACGACAUCAACAAUAACGCUCCCAUCUGUGACCAAAACCCACUUCAUGCCUGGGUCUCCAUUAGGACCCAACCAAAUCAGAUAGUGACCACAGUAGUUGCUACAGACGCUGACCAGGGAGAGAACGGGACGGUCCAGUUCAGGUUUUCAGGCGAGGAGAGUAUGUUUGACAUCAACUCUGCUUCAGGAGAGAUUUCACUCAGGAGGCGAGUGAGGGCGGGUUUCUCUGGCAGAAAGCUGGAGGUCCUGGUCUCAGACAGAGGACGUCCUCCGCUGACCGCCACCUGCCUGCUGUUGGUCCAUCUGAAGGGAGAGCAUGACGGGCUUCAGUUCACAAACAAAGUGUACAACGCUACCAUCAAGGAGGACAGCAGAGCAGGUACUUGGAUUACAAAAGUGGAGGCCAGUGACGACACCAACGGCAGACAGAGGAUAACUUACACCAUAUUUAGUGGCAACGAGAAUGCAGCGUUCUCCAUAAACCGCUACACAGGUGAGAUCCGAGUGCAGAAGGAAAACUCCCUGGACUUCGAGGUGAGCCCUCAGAUCCAGCUGGUGGUUCUGGCUGACAGCGGGCUGCACACGGCCCACUGCAGGGUCUCCGUCACGCUGCUGGACGUCAACGAUAACGCACCGCUGUUUGAACUCAGCAACUACAGAACGGCUGUUUGGGAGGGACAAGUUCGUAACACCUACGUCAUGCAGGUGUUUGCCUCUGAUGCUGACAGCAGUGAAAACGGACAGAUUGAGUAUACCUUCCUGUCAGGAAACAUUAAUGAAGCUUUCAUUCUGGACUCUGUGAGAGGGAUCCUUGCUACCAACGUUCUGCUGGACCGUGAAAUAACUCCCUCUUACAGGCUGAUUCUGCAGGCAGCAGACAAGGGGAAUCCUCCACUGAGCAGUACUGCCACCGUCAGAGUCCAGGUGGUGGACGUCAACGACAACAGCCCUGCCAUCCCACCCAUGGAGCCCGUCUAUAUAUAUGAAAAUCUACCAGCAGGUUAUGUGGUCACCCAGGUGACUGCGAAUGAUGUGGACCUCGGUUCAACCAUCACCUACAGUUUUUUAAACAGCAACAUCACCAGCAACCCCUUCGCUAUUGACCGCUAUACGGGUGUGAUCACGCUGACCCGACCUCUGGACUACGAGGCGGUGACAGAGUUCACUCUGACAGUGUCUGCGUCGGACUCGCUCCAUCAAACCAGUGGACAGGUCAAAGUUCACGUUUUGGAUGCCAACGACAACAGUCCGGUCUUCACACGGGUCUCCUACCAGGUGGAAGUGUCAGAGCUGGUCUCAGCUGACACUUUAGUUGUGAAUGUUGCUGCUACUGACAGAGAUUCUGGUCUCAAUGGGAAGAUCAGUUACAGACUCCUUUCUUCUCCUCUUCAUGCCUUCUACAUCCAGAAAGAUAAUGGUUCUAUUUUCACCAACAAGCCGUUAAAAACCAUCACAAACAGCAACAUGCUCCAUCUUCUGGUUGAGGCGAGAGAUGAGGGUGAACCCGUUCGAUCCACAGUCACCUCUGUGGCCCUGGUGCUUGUAGAUGCAAACGACCAUAAACCUUUGUUUCACCAGGAUGUUUACACACUCACCACUGCUGAAGAUACACCCCCAGAAACCACGCUGCUCACAAUUUCUGCACAGGAUGAAGAUUGGAGCCCAGAAAACACUCAUUUGGACUACGCCAUCGUCGGCGGAAAUGAAGAAAAGCGAUUCUGUUUAGAAGUGAAAAAGAUUCCCUUUGAAAAUCAAAUGAAAAAUGUCGGACGGCUGGUUUUGUGUAAUGCCUUGGACCGUGAGACAACUGAGUAUUAUGAAUUGACAGUUAGCGUUUCUGAUCGAGGAACGCCUCCCCUGAACAGCUCAUCGAUCAUUAAAGUGACUGUUACUGACUGCAAUGACAAUGCUCCGGUCUUCUCCAGUGCAGAGUACCACGCAGAGGUGAGUGAAAGCAGCCAGAUAGGAACCAGCUUGGUCCACAUUAGUGCUCUGGAUCCUGAUCUUGGUGUCAAUGGCCUUGUGCAUUAUGAAAUUAUUUCUGGGAACAGUAAAGGUCACCUCAAGCUGGACCCCCAGUCUGGUAUUUUGAUGGUCAACCAAUCACUUGAUUAUGAGGAGCAUUUAAGGUAUAUCCUCACCAUCAGAGCUACCGAUGGGGGCCAGGCAUCAGAAAACCAAAACAUGGCUUUUGCAGUCAUCUUUGUUAAUGUUCUGGAUGAGAAUGACAACACUCCAUUCUUCAUGUUCCCCUCAGUUACCUGCUCAGUGCUGGAAAACCUCCCAGCAUUCACCCAUACAUGUUCUGUUCAUGCUGUUGACAAAGACUCUGGGCCCUAUGGCCUGCUGACCUACUCAAUUCUGUCCUCUUGCUUCAUGGACUAUGGCAGUGGAAGCCCAGAGAGGAAGGAGGCCUUUGCCAUUGAUGCCCUUACUGGUGACAUUCACACCAGACAAACAUUUGACUAUGAACGUGAGAGUGAGUACUGCUUUGUAGUGGAGGCCAAAGACAAAGGUGACAAAUCAGCUACGGUUAGAGUCCAAGUAGCCAUUAAGGGAGUGGAUGAGUUCAGUCCCAUCUUCACUCAGAAGCAGUACCACUUCCUUCUUCCAGAAAAUCCCAACACCGGGAAGACAGUCGGUUUUGUGAUGGCAAUGGACCAUGAUGGAGGAGUGGACGGGCUGGUAGAGUACUCGCUUUUGACUCCAUCUCCAUUUUUUUCAAUUAACAAAACAAUUGGAGCUAUCUUUGUGUCCGGUCCCGUGUAUCGCAGAAGAAUCAGCCAUGCAAGUGAGGAUCUGGUGGAACUGGUCGUGUCUGCAGGUAGUCCCAGACUGGGUUCCAGAACAACAACUUGCUUAGUUUUUGUCAAUAUCUCCAGCUCAGCCGAAGCACUUAUUGGGGUUCAGCUUGGUUCCCACAUAUUUAGUCUGAGUGUGUCGCUGCUUUUGUUCCUCUUUGUCCUAGUUAUCUUUGUGGGCUUGAUUCUCAGAUGUAAAGUUAAAGAAGCUGUCCUGAAAAAGGCCUCUGCCAUUGCUGCACAGUUGAACCAUGGUACUGACUCAUCCGGUGAAUCAAACAGCCAGAUGCACAGAAACGUUUCCUUGCAGGAGUUAACGCAAGUCGAAGGUUUUGUUGCAAAGAGAGACGUCUCUAACCCAUACACCCAGUCAGAUUCAAGUGGCCGUGGAUCAGCAGAGGGUGAGACAGCUGAGGAUCAGGAAAUCAAGUGGAUCAAUGAGUUUCCCUGUUAUAAAAGAGAGAAAGUCAACAAGCUUACCACAGUGAUCCCCAACUCCACCAUACCAGUUGAUAAGAUCUCCUGCCACUCUAUUGACGUAGGGCCAGAACAUAUUUUAACUCUUACUAAAUGUUUAGCACAGGGCAUAGCAAGCACAGAAAGUCUCAACCAUUUCCAAGAAGAGGGAGGAGGGGAGGGAUUACUGCCUGCAAUACUUAGAGUUAAAGAUUUAGAGGAUUCCAUGGGGGCAAGAGGGUAUGCCCCUCUCUCCAAGGCUCAAGCUUCUGCAGAUUCUCUGACUUCACUGGUGUGCCUUGAAGAGCCACUGGAGGGUAGCUACAGCUGGGACUUCCUUUUAGACUGGGAACCACGCUUUCACUCUCUGGCUGCUGUGUUCACUGAUAUAGGUAUGCUUCCUGAUGAGGAGCUUCAAGGAGGCCAUGAGGACUUUGCUACAGAGUCAAGUUCUCUCAUGUACCCUCCGCCUCUCAUAACCGGAGUGGCUCAGCCAGGCAUUCGGACUGUUCCUCCGAGAAAACCUGGACGAGUACCAACACUGAGGAGGAAGCCUUCCUACCCUAAAUAUGCUUAUUCUCCAUUAGCCAGGAACACAGGACUCACCCCAUCAGCUAUGACACCCACUUUCACCCCAUCACUGUCUUCUCUCACCAUUAGGACCCCCAGCUCCUCACCAGUUGUCUCGGACACAGGAGUUGGAGGGAUUAGACUCGACUCAGGGCCCCAUACUGCAAGUCUUUUGGAGGCUGAAAUCCAAGUGUAGGCAUGAACCAUUUUAAAUGUAACAAUGAAUCCAGUGCUCCAUAGAUCACUUGAAAUAUUCUGGAGAUAUACUGCACAGUUAGUUAUUGACAUUUUAAAAUGUGCCUGACCAUUUGUCCAGCAUCAUCCAAAUGCCUGUUAUCUAUAAAAGUUCUUCUUAGACCAAAAGUGGAUUCCACGAGCCACACAACAUUUUUAUGAUGCAGUGAAGAAAGCGCAAUCUAAUCCCUUCCAGUGUAAACGUGCAUGCAGCUCGGUGGCACCUGCACACUUUGACUAAGCCCGCACUGCCAAAAGACCCAGGAUAUCUAUCAAAGUGCUCCGGAUUGUCCCACAAUGCUCUUUAAAAUAUAGCAUCUCACCACAUUUCCUGACCCUUAUUUAAUUUUCUGUCUCGCUAUAGCAUGGGCACUUUUGUUUUGUUUUUUUUUUACUUAUAGGAUAACAGAUCCAU